CUGCGCAAUCAGAGACAUCCCUAGCGUCGGAUGGAAGAGCGGCUGCGCAACAAGUGAACCUAUGAAUCGGGGUGUAGCCUGGCGGCCCGGAGGUUGAAAGUGCAAGAUUAUUCUGCGCCUGCGCGAUCAGGUCACUUCGCUGGAUGCUCCUAGGCUCCAGGCUCGCCGCCAUCUUGUAUUGGGGCUUCAUUGUUCGCGCUGGGCCGGGCGGGUUAGUGUAGUUGCUGCCGAAGAAAGAGGCGAAGUAACCUCCGGUCAGCCGAGAAACCCCAUUAUUCCGCAGCCAUAGCCGCUCAGACGAUUUGGGAGGCAGUAAAGGGUAGGGAGCUGGACCCAGAGGCGCCGCCGCGACAGCAGCAGCCAUGGAGGAUGAGAUGCCCAAGACUCUAUAUGUUGGUAACCUUUCCAGAGAUGUGACAGAAGCUCUAAUUCUCCAGCUCUUUAGCCAGAUUGGACCUUGUAAAAACUGCAAAAUGAUUAUGGAUACAGCUGGAAAUGAUCCAUAUUGUUUUGUGGAAUUUUAUGAGCAUCGUCAUGCCGCUGCAGCACUAGCUGCUAUGAAUGGGCGGAAGAUAAUGGGUAAGGAAGUCAAAGUGAAUUGGGCAACAACCCCCAGCAGUCAAAAGAAAGAUACAAGCAGUAGUACCGUUGUCAGCACACAGCGUUCACAAGAUCAUUUCCAUGUCUUUGUUGGUGAUCUCAGUCCAGAAAUUACAACUGAAGAUAUAAAAGCUGCUUUUGCACCAUUUGGAAGAAUAUCAGAUGCCCGAGUGGUAAAAGACAUGGCAACAGGAAAGUCUAAGGGAUAUGGCUUUGUCUCCUUUUUCAACAAAUGGGAUGCAGAAAACGCCAUUCAACAGAUGGGUGGCCAGUGGCUUGGUGGAAGACAAAUCAGAACUAACUGGGCAACCCGAAAGCCUCCAGCUCCAAAGAGUACAUAUGAGUCAAACACCAAACAGCUAUCCUAUGAUGAAGUUGUAAAUCAGUCUAGUCCAAGUAACUGUACUGUCUACUGUGGAGGCGUCACUUCUGGGCUAACAGAACAGCUAAUGCGUCAGACUUUUUCGCCAUUUGGACAAAUAAUGGAAAUUCGAGUCUUUCCAGAUAAAGGAUAUUCAUUUGUUCGGUUCAAUUCCCACGAAAGUGCAGCACAUGCGAUUGUUUCUGUUAAUGGAACUACCAUUGAAGGUCAUGUUGUGAAAUGCUAUUGGGGCAAAGAAACUCUUGAUAUGAUAAAUCCCGUGCAACAGCAGAAUCAAAUUGGAUAUCCACAAGCUUAUGGCCAGUGGGGCCAGUGGUAUGGAAACGCACAACAAAUUGGCCAGUAUAUGCCUAACGGUUGGCAAGUACCUGCAUAUGGAAUGUAUGGCCAGGCAUGGAACCAGCAGGGAUUUAAUCAGACACAAUCUUCUGCACCGUGGAUGGGACCAAAUUAUGGAGUGCAGCCUCCUCCAGGACAGAAUGGCAGCAUGUUGCCUAAUCAGCCUGCAGGGUAUCGAGUGGCAGGGUAUGAAACCCAGUGAAAAAGGACUCCAGAAUCUAAAGCCAGUGGCUUGAGGCUACAGGGAGUAUAGUAAAGCCGUUGUUUACUUAAAGAUUUAUCAAAUCAGUCAGUGCAAAUGUCAGAUACAAUGUAUUUAUUUAAAAGAUUCAUUUUUUAAUCAUGAAAUUACUUAUCCACGUUGUUUUAAAAAGAAACAAGAUGCUGGAUGUCUGCCAAUUUUUGCCUUCAUUACCUUUUUUGAUAAAGUUUCUCAGAUCCUUGUUUCAAAUACAAAUGCAGGGAUUGCUGCCACUUUUUUAAAAUUAAGAGGCAGAAAAUUGCACAAUGUUGAACUUUUUUCCACUAAAGUAGUGUGCAGUGCUAGUUUGCAUUCCUAAUAUGAUUUCAAACAUGUAAUACAAAGGUGUAACAAAAACAAAAAACCAAAACUGUGCAGAGUCUAGAAGUUCUUUGUAAUCUUCAGCUUGUGCACAAUUGUUUUAGGGGUUUUUUUAAAGGUAUUGUUUGAACUAUCCCAUCUUCACUGUUUUCCCUUUGGGGGUUUUUAAAUAUAAAUUAUUAGUUUACAUCAUUUUUGUAUCUACAUUUUUUCACAAAUUUGUCUUGCCUUAUUAAAGUUCUGUAAAAUAUACUUAACUGGGAAAAAAUGAUGCUCACUUAGAUUGAAAACUUUUCUCAGAUGGAUUGAUAAUUGCAUUCAUCUUGUGUUUUAUAUGAGAAGGUGCCUCAAGAAUUCUCUGUUGACUUUGUUUAAAAGGAUUUUUAUCUUCUGUGAUAAAUUUUGCGGUGUGCCAGGAAAUACAAAAACAAAAACUUGUUACUAAAGAAAAUCUCAGAAAUGUGAUAAGUUCUUAUGAACCCGUGCUAAUUUCAUGUGUCAACUUCUACAUUUACAUGUAUUAUUUCAUAUGUAAAAUGUUUUAGCAAUUUAAUAUUUUGCACAGUUAGCAAACUUUGUAUGUCAUUUCCUUCUUAAAGGUAUCAUGCAGAGUUGACAGAAGAUUUAGAAGGUUUUAAGUUUGCAUGUGAAUAUCCAAUACAUACUUUGGUAGUCUUUAAACACAAAGUCAUCUGCUCUUGUUUUUCAAGAAUUUUGAGACAAAGUUGUAUGUAAAGGAAUAUAUUAAUUUGCCAUUUUCUAGUUUAUUUACUCAAAAAGAGUAAAUCAACUAAAUUUUAAUAUGUACAAAGGAUAGCUGUGAAACUGUAGAAUAUCCUUAUGUCAGGCUUGGGGUUCAUCGUGAACUCCAAAAUUAGCCUGAAGGACCAGCCGGGCAAAGCAUUUUUUAAAUAUUCAGAGGCCAAAAGAUAAAUACACAAAAAUCCUUAAAAUCCUACCUCCUUAAACAGCCUUCAAAGAGGAGAAUCCUCAGUGCAAUCAUUAUUUUGGGUUUUUUUUUUCGUUUUUGGUUUGUUUUUUUUUGGUACCUAUUUCCCUGGAGUUCCCAAUUUUAUUAUUUUGGGAUGGCUCCAAGCAUUAAGAGGCUUAACCUUUGAUGGCAUUGUUCUAGUUUUGAAAUUUCUAGUACAUUUCAGUGUCUCUUAGAAGAGUUAUGGGAGAUUUUGUUUUGUUUUCAGUGAAAGUCACAAACUCCCUUCUUCCUUGACUCACAAACGGGAAGGGUCCCCAGUAUACACAUUUGGAUGGUUGGUUGUUUUUAAGACCUUCAGAGAACUCCUACCAUUUUAUUUAGAAAGAGAAAAGGCCUGUGAAAUCUUAGCGUUUCCUGGCCUGUAUCUUCCAAGUAGGAGCAAAUGACUCUAAACUGGUCUCUAAGCCAAUACUCUUGUAAACCAGAGCCCAGGAAAGACAACACAUAAGUAAACAAUUCUCUGGAGCUCUAUUCUAUGCAGUUGUACUGAUGUUUCAUUAAGUCACUGUGUAUUUUUAAAUGUUGCUACAUUAAAAGUUGUUUUAUGGAAGAUGAGUAAAUUUUUUAACUACUUGGAAAUUUUAUUUCCUUGUUAACCUCUACAGAUCAGGGCAUGCAACCAAAAGCAGUUUCAAUGAAAUACUCAAAAAAAGAAUAAAAUACCAGGAAGCUAUGUUUAGAUUCUAGUAGCUUAUGUUUCUAUUUUAGGACCCUCAUUUUUCUCUGAUUCAGAAAUAUUUUAUUUACUAUACAUCUGUGGAUUGCAGGGUAAAUUAUUUGGGCAUAAAUAAUUUAAACAAAAGUAUAGUUUUUCUUUCAUUUUGACUAUCUCAAAUAAUAACACUUUUUAUUAGCCAGUAUAUUUUCUUGCACAAAUCUGAAAAUGUACAUUGACUACUUUUUGAAAAGAAAGUGGUAUUUAUUAUUCAUGAUGAAAAGGUUACUACUGAACAAAUUCAUAUUUCAGGAACAUUGCUAACUUUGAUUUAAAUCUUACUCUUAGUGUUAAAACAGAUCAUUUAAAGAUUUUUCAGUCUAAACAUACUGGCAUUGGUAUCAGGUAAGGAAAUUAAAAGUUUUUGAAAUGGUUUCAUUAUCUGCAAUAUGCAUUCAGAUUUUAUUUUAAAAUACAUCUGGUACUGUAAAGAACCUGAAGUGAUUCACACUUACUGGGUCAUUAAUCCAGUAUUCUUUGCCCUGACUGUUUGGAUAUUAAAGUUCCUUUAUCUUUUCUAUAACCUGUGGGAUCUUCUUGCAGUGAUUAUUGUGUGAGAGAUUUUUUUGUUUGUUUUUUUUUUUUCAGUCUAGCCAUUUUGUUCUAUUGAUUCAGAUAUUUGUUAGAUUUUUAAAAAUCUUAUUCCAGAAACCAUGAUUUGCAUUGGGUUACUGUUUGAUACCACAAAGAAUUAGAAUUCUUUAGAUUUAACUCAUUAUGAAACCAGGAUCUCAUUUUCCUUGUUGGUAUUAUCUUCCUAUUGAAAAUAAGAUUCACAUCAUUGUUUUUAUUCUUCUGUUUUGUCCCUGUGCUUGCUCAUCUUCCUUUAUGGAUGUGUGUGAGAGUUCUGUUACAUUUAAGAAGGUAGUUGAUAGGACUGGAUUGCAUAUACAAAGAGGUUUACUAAGUGCCAUACGGUGCUCUUGAGGACACAGUUGAAUGGGAAAAAUAAAAUGUGUUUAUAGGAAAUCAAAAGGAAGCCCUUCCUUUCAGUGAAAGAGUGAUGGUUUCUAAGAACAAAAUCAUUUUUUUGUGGGGGGGUUAUUACAUUUUCUCCAGUCACUGCAUUUUAUUGCUGUGUUUAAAACUUGAAGAAUAUACCUCCAAAACAACAAAUGUUAAUUUAAGAGCCUUAAUAGAGUGUAUGUGAAUGUCUCAAUUGAAUAGGAUUUUACCUUAAAAGAUUUUGCCUCUAAAGUUGAAGGCUGAAAUUAUUCUGAUAGUAGUUCAACUAAAAAAGGAAAAAGUAAAUGUCUGACUCAGGUUACUAGGCCUCGAGUGAAAUGCUGUACAGAAAAUAGAGAUUAAGCACAAUUUUACAUACUGGAUAGAUGAAGUUGCCAGCUCCUUGUUCAGCUCCACAAUACAAAUAGCACAGUUAAACACACCAGGCAGGACAUGGAGGAUCCUUCUGUGAAAAACUAAACUCUUUGGAGAAAAGGCAGGUGUUGACAUUUGAGGAUCUCCAACAAAAAGCCAACUGGCCACCCUUCCCAUGUACACAAAUCUUCCAAACAGGUUUUUAGUGCUUCACUUUUAAAUAAAGAGCCAAAGAUCACCAGAAAUUGAGAAAAAUUUUGAUUGUGAAAGGUAGAUCUAAACAAAAAGCAAUUCCCAAGAAUUAGAAAACUUCUAAGAACUGAGAUAAAACACUGUAUUCAAGAAAUUAGAACUGGAUACAACUAAAGUUUUAGUCCUAAAAUAGGAAUAAAUUCAAUGAAAAUAUUAAAAGACAAAUGUUCUAGAACAGAAAUCAGAAGUAAAGGGGGGGAAAAUAAAUAUGGGUCAGUUUGGGAGGUUUAAUGUCUAACCAAUAGGAGUUCCAGGAUAAGAACUGAGAAAAUAAGGGAGUGGGUGGGACUUAUUAGGUAAUAAAUUUUCCCUAAUAAAAUGGUUCUUAUGAUUGAAAAAAGGCUAUUAUUAGCAUAAUAACUAUAAAAGACCCAUACGAAGGCAUAUCACCAUGCAAUUUUAGGACACCAGACAUAAAGAGAAUAUUGUAAAAUUUACCAGGUAGCCAAAGGGUUGAGGAUAAUACUCAACAAAAACAUUGGAAACCAGGGAUCAAUGGAGUACUGUGUUCAAAAGUUUGCAUGAAUUCUCUCUCCAAUUACACUGUCAUGGCGACAACAAAAAUAGGAUUUUUAGACAUACAAGUUCUGAAAAGAUUUUCUUCCCGUUCACUGAUUCUCAUCUACUGGAUCCACUCCAUCAAAACAAGAAUGAACAUCAAGAAAAAAUAUUAUGUAGUUUCUAGAAACAGGAUCCAACACGAGUAAAAUAAAAGGAAGUCCCAGGAUAACACCUGUGAAGUGACUUGGUACCCAGUCCAGACUGAUGUUCAGAAGGCUAGACUCUUAUCUGACAAGUUGGGCUAUGCAGAUAAAUUGUAUAGUAUGGAGGAUGUGAGAAAACUUAAAUACUGGAAGAACAUCCAGCAAAAGAAAAAAUUGUCAGGAAAAACACAAAGGAAACCUUCCCUUCCUGAGCCAGUACAUGUAUUAAGAUAAUAUUUCAGAAGUUUUCCUGAAUUGUAAAUAUUUGUACUAUUCCACUGCUUAGGCUUUCUUUGGCAACUCCAGUUGUAUGUUGGAUCUUGUCUACCAUUUGUUCUUAAUUCUUUUUAUCUUUUUUGCUUUUCUCAUUUCUAAUCUCUGUUCCUGAAUGUGCUUCUUCUGGUAUCCAGACUCGUUUAUGUUCCUUUUAAUUUAGUCUUCAUUUCUGAAAUGCUUUUGUCUUUUUGUUUCCUAAGUGCUACCAAUUUCUAUUUUACUUGACAGACAUCUCUUCCCUGAAUUCUUGUGUUUUUUAGCUGCAUGUGCUUCAUUAGAUUUUUUUAAAUUCACAUCGGAAUGUUGAUAUAUUAUUUUCAGCUGCUUUGUGGGAACAUUUUUCUUGCGAUUUUUCUUCUGAGAAACUAGGUAAGUUUUGUUACUCUUUCCUACUUUUAAUUAGAAUAUCUCUGUAUAAAUGCUGUGCUAUUCCUUUCUAUUCGUAUUUGAAACAGUUGAACUUUCCCAGACCAAGUACCAGCAGUAGAGUGAAAUGACCCUGUCUAGGUUUUUCAUCUCUGUCCUGUGGCUACAACAAACUAUCUCUGAAAGUGUAGCCAUGGGUCCUGUCUUGGGAUGUGAUCUUAGGUAGAAGGGUCCUGUGCCAGCUCUGAGCUCCCCUGGUUCCUUCAUCUGCUACAUUAAGGGAUCUAACUCCUACCUUUCAAGGGGAUCCCCAAACUUGCUUUCUGUACGCAUCUGGAGGACUCACACACCCCCAGGCACUUCAUACACUUCCCUUCCUUUCCCAUCUUUCACACUUGUUCAGUCCUCACAGUAGAACCCAUUCGAAGUUUGGCUCUCAGAGUGAAUAUUUACUGGUGAUUUCUGAAAUCUGCCACCACCAGCCCCUCCUCACUACCCGUUCUUAACCCACCGCCCUCUAUUGGCCUCAGUACCACAGUUCUCCUCAGUGUGGAAUUUGUAAGUUUUUCUCUGCCUCCCUAGUUUCAUGUAAGAUACUGUUUAUGGGGGUCUCUGGUUUACAGAAGGAAAGAUCCAGAACCAAGGUGCUAACAAUUUCCUACCAGAAUCAGAAGCACAACGGAAUCUUUUAAACAUGUAAAUCUGAUCAUGACACCCCUGCUUGAAAGUUUUUGUUUGCUUCAAGUUGGAUUUAGGAGGUAAUCUAAAAUCUUUUAAAGUGUAAUCUGUACUUCACCAACUUCACAGCAAGCAAUUCUCCACUCUCCCAAUAAGCCUUCUACUCCACACUCAUCUUUCAGUUUCCUGAAUAAGGAAACACUUUAUGUCAGGGUCCAGUCAGGAGAUAGAGACCAACACUAAAAUUUGAAAAAGGAAAUUUUAAUGUAAAUUCUUAAAUAGUAACUACUAAAAGGGGUAAAACAAGGACUCAAAGGGAUCCAGAAGUUGCAGGUACACAAAAAGCAGCUAGUAUUUAGAGUGGGUUUAGCGGGGGCCUGACUGAGAUUGUGACCUCUAAGAGGGCUUGAUUAGCACAGGAAUGUGCAGCCUGGUGAAGAAGCAUGCCAGAGGGCAUGGGCCAGAGCUGGUCUCGGAAAGGUCCAACAGCUGGGGAAACGGUUCCCAGGUAGAGCACUAAAAACAAUCCCAAAUACUGCAUGGAACACUAAAUUACUCAUUUUUUAAACUGAAAUUCCAAUUUAACUGGGUGUCCUGUAUUUUAUCUGUCAUGUCCUAGAGAGAGUUGCAGGCUGAUGUAGCCAAAGCUGCCAUGGAAGCAGCUGCAGGUGGGGAGAGGGGCCUUAUGGGGCAGAGAGGGCCGGUCCUGAGGACCACUGAGGGGAGCACCCCUGGGCCUUCCAUACACUGAUGCACUAGCUCCUGCAUUGAAGAAAAGCAUCAGAAUCCAUAAGGGCAGUGCCUCCCCGUCACCAUCACCUUGCAUUGUUCCCCCGAGUGCCCUCUAUUGACAAUGCCUACCAUUGAGUCAACUGGCAAAGGAAGGUGGAUUGGGGACUACUGUCGCCGGGCCUUGCCACAUAAACGCCUUUUGCCUGCUCUUUGUCUUCAACGCUCUGCUUAAAUGUCAUUUCCUCUAAAAGGCCUUCCUUUCUUUACCGACGAUCUAAAUCAGUAGCCUCUCAAACUAUCUUAAACUUUUCCUUUAUAGCAUUUGUCUUAAUGUGUGAUAUCUUUAAAACCUGUGUUCCCCACUAAACUAAAGGCUGGUGACUAUUUUCUUCAAUGCUGUAUAUAUCCAGUACGUGGCAAAUAAUAGGUGCUCAAUUUAUGUCUGUUGAAUCGUUACCUCAAACAAUGUGGUUUUGACCAAAUGGAUUUCUACCAUGUGCUGAUAGUACCGUACUACUGGCUAGAGUACUGGAUGUGGUGAAGAGCUAAAACUAAAGGACCAAAUCAGGACAGGCCCAAUUCUUUAUACCAUGCCACGUAACUUGAACUUUUUUUAUCCUAAAGGUCCUAGGGAGCCAUUGAUCUAAUUUGUGUUUAGCCAAGGUGUCUCCCGGGUUCCUGGUUUGAG